AACAGCUGCACCUGUUGAGGUAUACCUGCUGUCGCCGGCACCUGUACCCACAGCCAAUCAGCGCCAGCGCUGCCGGGGAACCUACCUGUCAGCAAAAUCCCGACACUCAAACCUCAACAUAAAUCAAACACUUCCCUGGGCAGGGAAUGUCUGUGUCAGGCAAGAACUAGAGACCAGCGGUCAGCAGAGCCUCGAGCCAAGCCGAUCCUUGGAGCCCGGGAGCGGGAAGAUGUCGAAUGAACUUGAUUUUAGGUCUGUGCGGUUGCUAAAGAAUGACCCGGUCAACUUCCAGAAGUUCCCCUACACUAGUGAGGAUGAGGCCUGGAAGACCUACCUGGAAAACCCCUUGACAGCUGCCACAAAGGCCAUGAUGAGAGUCAACGGGGACGAUGACAGUGUCGCGGCACUGAGCUUCCUCUACGACUACUACAUGGGCCCCAAGGAGAAGCGGAUACUGUCUUCCAGCACUGGGGGCCGGAACGACCAGGGGAAGAGGUACUACCAUGGCAUGGACUAUGAGAUGGACCUCGCCCCUCUGGAAAGCCCCACACACCUCAUGAAAUUCCUGACAGAGAAUGUGUCCGGGACCCCCGAGUACCCAGAUGGCCUCAAGAAGAGUAACCUGAUGAGCCUGGAGGGAGCCGUGCCAGCCCAGGGCAAGGCCGUCCCCCUCCCCCCGUGCCCCGGCAAGCUGGAGGCCGGCUCCGUGGACAGCUACCUGCUGUCCCCCAGUGACGUGUAUGACAACGGCUCCCUCAACUCCUUGUUUGAGAGCAUUCAUGGGGUGCCACCCACACAGCGCUGGCAGCCAGACAGCACCUUCAAAGAUGACGCACAAGAGCCACUGCUCUUCCCAGAUAUCCUGAAAACGUCCCCAGAGCCCCCGUGUCCAGAGGACUAUCCCAGCCCCACAAGUGACUUUGAGUACACCUUGGGGUCCCCCAAAGCCAUCCACAUCAAGUCAGGCGAGUCACCUAUGGCCUACCUCAACAAGGGCCAGUUCUACCCAGUCACCCUGCGGACCCCAGCGGGCGGCAAAGGCCUUGCUUUGUCCUCCAACAAAGUCAAGAGCGUGGUGAUGGUUGUCUUCGACAAUGAGAAGGUCCCAGUAGAGCAGUUACGGUUCUGGAAGCAUUGGCAUUCCCGGCAGCCAACUGCCAAGCAGCGAGUCAUCGAUGUGGCUGACUGCAAAGAAAACUUCAACACUGUGCAGCACAUAGAGGAGGUGGCCUACAACGCACUGUCCUUCGUGUGGAAUGUCAACGAGGAGGCCAAGGUGUUCAUUGGUGUCAACUGCCUCAGUACAGACUUCUCCUCCCAGAAGGGGGUGAAGGGUGUCCCCCUCAACCUGCAGAUUGACACCUACGACUGUGGCUCUGGAGCUGAACGCCUGGUGCACCGGGCCGUCUGUCAGAUCAAGAUCUUCUGUGACAAGGGAGCCGAGAGGAAGAUGCGGGAUGAUGAGAGGAAGCAGUUCCGGAGGAAGGUCAAGUGCCCCGACUCCAGCAACAGCGGCCUCAGGGGCUGCCUGCCUUCCGGCUUCAGGGGCAACGAGACCACCUACCUGCGGCCGGAGGCAGACCUGGAGACGCCGCCGGUGCUGUUCAUCCCCAACGUGCACUUCUCCAGCCUGCAGCGUCCCGGAGGGGCGGCGCCCUCGGCAGGACACGGCGGCUCCAACAGGCUGCCCCUGAAGCGCACCUGCUCGCCCUUCACCGAGGAGUUCGAGCCUCUGCCCUCCAAACAGGCCAAGGAAGAUGACCUCCAGAGAGUUCUGUUGUAUGUGCGGAGGGAGACGGAGGAGGUGUUCGACGCCCUCAUGUUGAAGACCCCAGACCUGAAGGGGCUGAGGAAUGCGAUCUCUGAGAAAUAUGGGUUCCCCGAGGAGAACAUUUACAAAGUCUACAAGAAAUGCAAGCGGGGAAUCUUGGUCAACAUGGACAACAACAUCAUCCAGCAUUACAGCAACCAUGUCGCCUUCCUGCUGGACAUGGGGGAGCUCGAUGGCAAGAUUCAGAUCACCCUAAAGGAGCUGUAG